CGGGACUACAUUUUGAAGCGCAAAGCCGUGUGAGGUCGCGAUAGCACCAUCCAAAAUGGCGCGACUGCGUUUCCCUGGGUGUCCGGGACAGAGAAUUGGAAGAAAUGGUGUUACCUUUGAAGACAAUAAGAGUCGUCUGCAGUGUGAUCCAUCGUUAAGUGCUGUGUCAAACCUUCAGCGGAGUUUUAACUGUUUUUACGAGCUGUUUGGAGCGUCGGAUGAGGAUGAGGAGUUCGAGGGAUUCUCUCCCAGGGACGUCCGGAAAGCCCUCCAGAAGUUAAGACAUUUCAGUGGCGACACUUCGGAACUGUGCCACAAGGAUGAGCUCGUCAGCGACGUCAUCCCCGUCAAGCCUGCCGAUAAGCUCACGGGCCGCAGCAACCUGCCGCCAGAUCCAGGUGGCGGCGGUAACCAGGCAGCCGACCGGCCACGUGACGCAGUCCCCGCCAAGCAGAGCAAACUUCCAGUUCCCAACAAGUUGCCCGAGUCCCACGACAACAGGGAGCGGAGAAGAGUUGCAGGACGUCAGGCAGCACAGCGCCUUUUAGACCGUGCCAAACGGGGCCGUAACAAGGCCCCGCCAAAGAAGGAAAGUGCGGAGAGCCGCAACGGUGCCUUGACCACGCGCAACGGCUGCUUUCAGCUGCCUGCCGUGAGUGCGCGUUCGUCGAGGCGGAUCAUCCCGCGCAAGCGGUACCUGGAGGACAGCGAGGAAGAUGUGCCGCAGCAGCUGCACAUACAGAAGAAGAAGGGCAUUGUGGCGCAGUUGCCGGCCGUUCCCGAGGGAGCUCCGGCGGAAGGCAGCGACGAUGGCACCGGCCAAGUCGCGUUGCAGGAGGAAGGGAGCAGCGGGGAGCAUAUUGCUGGCCGGAUGGACGACUCGAGCUGCCACCUGGAGACGGACCAGAGCGCGGCAGAGGGAGACAGCGCUGCGGAGCGCAUGGGCCUGUUUGACCAGCCUCUCGUGGUGCAAGGCAAGCGUCCGUGGAAGCCGUCCCUCAAGGUGCAGCUUCGUCUUUCGGAGGCCAACCUGGGCUCACCGUUUGCUUUCAAGGGCAGUCGGAGGGGAUCGCAGACCACCUCGUCGGCGGACUCGACCAGGGAGUCCAUCAAGCGGGACAUGGUGUCCCGUUACGCCGAGAUCAUGGCGACGCGGGAAGACGGUCCGUCGGCAGAGGUUCCUAACUCCCCACCGGGCACGGCACCCCUCGAGGACAAGGUGGCUGCCAAGAUUGCAAGGCUGCUCAAAUCGCAGUGGGAGAACCGCCUGGGCUCGGGUCGGCAGUGGCCCGCGGCGGAACGUGGUGCUUCGGAAAGCACGGCUACGGCUUAGCCAGCGGACGCUGAAGAAG